CAUUCCAGUUCUUCGUCGCUCAAGACCGCAGGAACUUCCAGAAACAAGACAACGCGCCCUCCAUACACAAAAUCAAAAAUGUCAAAUCCGACCCCUGUGGCCAAGCCUGGGAAUGCCGACAAUCCGCGCGUUUUCUUUGAUGUAGAUGUUGCUGGUGAAAGAGUUGGCCGAAUUGUGUUUGAGCUCUUCGCUGAUGUUGUUCCUAAAACUGCUGAAAACUUCCGUGCGCUGUGCACCGGCGAGAAGGGAACCGGUAAAAGUACUGGAAAACCACUACAUUUCAAGGGAUGCCCUUUUCACCGGAUCAUUAAAAAGUUUAUGGUCCAGGGAGGAGACUUCUCUAAUCAGGACGGCACCGGAGGGGAGAGCAUCUAUGGAGACAAGUUUGAGGAUGAAAAUUUUCACUACAAGCAUGACAGAGAGGGCCUUCUCAGCAUGGCCAACGCUGGGCCCAACACAAAUGGCUCUCAAUUCUUCAUUACCACCAUGCCAACUGCGCACUUGGACAACAAGCAUGUGGUCUUUGGACAGGUGCUGAAGGGAAUGGGUGUAGUUAAGAUCUUGGAGGACAUGGACACCAACGACGAUCAUCCCGUGAAGCCAUGUAUCAUUGCUGAAUGUGGAGAGCAUAAGGAAGGUGACGAUUGGGGUGUGGCUCCCAACGAUGGCUCCGGUGAUGUACACCCAGACUUCCCCGAGGAAUCAGACUUUGACUUUAAAGAUAUUGACAAAAUCUUGUCUGUGGCUGAGGACAUCAAAAAUAUUGGAAAUAACCUUUUCAAAAGUCAGAACUGGCAGGUUGCCAUGAAGAAGUACUCCAAAGCUCUCAGGUAUUUAGAGGUGUGCGGCAACAUCUUGGAUGAUGAGAGCGCUCAGCCUCGGCUGGAGCCUGUCGCCCUGAGCUGCAUUCUCAACUUGGCUGCCUGCAAGCUCAAGCUACAGCAGUGGCAGGAGGCUGUAGAGAGCUGUGACGAGGCUUUGGAGCUGAAUCCGAACCACGCUAAAGCACUGUUCAGGAGAGCCCAGGGCUGGCAAGGCCUAAAGGAGUUCAACAAGGCCAUGAUUGAUCUCCAGAAAGCAAAAGAGAUUGCACCAGAAGACAAAGCUAUCGGGAACGAGAUGCUUAAGGUCAAGCAGAAGGUGAAAGAAGAGAAGGAGAAAGAGAGGAAAAUCUAUGCUAAAAUGUUUGCAUAGAAGACUGUCCAUGUGUGCCUGCUUUCACGAGCUUGUACACGUUCACCUGUACUUCACUGUUCAACGCUACUGUUAGUAAUGUAAUGCUGGGAAUAAACUGAGUAAAAACUAGAGCUGGAUUUUCAAACCUGAUGAAGAUGAAUUUACUGAAGGAUGUGAUUCAUUAUUGACAGCAUCUAAUACUUGAAUGUUUUGUUAUUGCUGUAAGUAUUUGAGGAGGAGGUCUGAACUGUGACUGAAUAGACUGCUGUUCAAAGCACCCCUUCAACCAGAAAGCAGGCUGCCCUUUAAGAAUUGCUUGACUCAUCAAUAUUUAUUUGAUUCAACACUGUUCUAUUAUUGGAUUGGUUUUAACUGUCAAAGGAAAAGUUUUCUGAGAUACACUAGUUGGCCCAUGCUACAGCAGCACUAUAAUAAAGUCAAACUCUUUCACACUGAA